AAAAUCCCUGUGCAUCCAUGCUGUCCACCAUGUUGUAUCCAAUUGGUUGUAGUCUGACUGAUCAUACAUAUCCAGUCGGAUGACGUCUGGUAAUAUAUAUAAAUCCAUCAGAUAUAAUAAAUAAGCCCGUUGGUUUUCGGCGCCGCGUCAACAUGUGCCUUGCUGUGCUGUGUGUGGCGUGGCGAGGUUAUCCAAGUGGGCUCGGUUUCGAGAGCAGUUGUUGGGCAAUCAUCAAUGGCUAUUAAAUAUGUAACUACUAUAAUAAUAAGUCAAUAGUUCAAUCUGUAGUCACAAGCUGCAACUGGCUCGACACGCGAAGGAUUUAGUUACUGAUUUAUUUAUUUACGGCAGUGAUUGCCCGCAUUAUUUAACAUAUUCACGAGCAGGAAUCGGCGCCUCAGGCUUGUAUGUGUCCUUGUCCCCGCUCAGCUCCAGCUUCUGCUUCUGCUUCUAUUUCUGCUUCUAUUUCUGCUUCUUCUACUUCUCUUUACAUUCUCUCCAUCCAAUCUACAUUACACCUCUUAUUCCACUGUUGAACCUCCAACCGCAAAGACGGACGCCCAAGCACCGAGCCGACGACGAUAGAGCAUCUUCCACGAAUCCCAAACGACUCGGGGCGCAUUUUGCGUCUAUUAACCACGGCCUAGAGAUAAUGGGGGAUAAGACAGGGCACAAACGCUCCAAGAGCGCCCGCGCACUCGCCCUACUGCAUCGCGACAGGACUUCCAGAUCCCCCAGCGCCGACCCUCAACAGCGGGAGGCCGAAACUCCGGAAUCCCCAGACCAGAAUGGUGCUUCAACCCUAGCUCCCAUGGUUCCCUCAGUAUCCCCAACCAACAAUGCGCCUCGUUCUUCCCACUCGCACUCGGUUUCCAUGACUAAUCUGCGGGUCUCACCUGCGGGGCUUGAUGGUGCCACCUUGAGCAGCAGCGCAAGUGUCCACGCCGCCAAUCGCGCAUCUUUAGCCGAGUUGUAUUCCUGGCAACUUAGCCCGAAACCCAGUCCACAUCAAAGUGCUGAUUCUCCCGCAAGGCCCAGUGGCAAAGGAGAUGAAUUGGCCAGAUCAGCCAUGUCUAUCGAGCAAUCAGUGCGAACGUUUCGCCUCUUUGAAAUCCUACGUAGCGGUGAUACAACCGCUAUCUACAAGGCAAUCAAGGACUGUGCCGAAACAAAGACACAGGGGACUGCGCCCCUAGGAACCAGCAUUAUCCAUCUCGCAAUACAGUGCGCUGAACCGCAGGUUGUUGAGUAUGUCUUCUCAAGCAGUGCUGACCUAGAUAUUAAUGCGCGAGACCGGGAUGGCAACACCCCACUACACCUGGCUGCGCAGCUGGGCCGAGUUCCCAUCGUCCGCGAACUGCUCGAGCGCCCGGAUAUCAACGAUUCCAUUGCCAACUACAACGGCCAAACCCCUCUCGACCUCGCGCGCACCCCAGAGAUUUUCCAGCAGCUCCAGCUAGCGCGAUCAUUGUUUUUGGAUGCCAAAACAAAAGAAAUAAAAUGCCUGAUAGGCCAGGGCGACUACGAGAAACUAGAACGUCUGUUGGUCGAACCGAGGGUUGAGGGCGUUUUGGACGUGAACAGCUUGGAUCUAGUCACCGAUCGAGCCACUGUGAUAUCGGGUGGCACACUUCUUCACGAGGCUGCGAGAAAGAAGGAUUCGAAGCUGAUACAGAUUCUCUUAAUGCAUGGGGCCGACCCGUUCCGGCGCGAUAGAAAAGGGAAGCUCCCUCAAGACGUCACAAAGGACGACCGAACUCGGGCUAUCGUAAAAAAGUCGCCAGCGGCUGUUAUCGCCCAGCGGGGCAUCCAGGAAAAGGCAAUCUUGGGAAGCUCUGGGGCCCAAGGUGGCGGGCGACCUGGCUCUGGAGAAACAGUCCUGGGAGGAAAGGAUGCCCGAGAGAUGAAAGGAUACCUAAAGAAAUGGACGAACUAUACAAGUGGCUAUAAGCUGAGAUGGUUCGUACUGGAGGAUGGCGUGAUGAGUUAUUACAAGCAUCAAGAUGACGCUGGCUCUGCUUGUCGCGGUGCGAUCAAUAUGCGUAUAGCAACCUUGCACAUGGAUGCGCAGGACAAGACCCGAUUUGAAAUACAAGGCAAAUCAUCAGUCAAAUACCAUCUCAAAGCCAACCAUAUCGUUGAGGCCAAGCGGUGGUUCUGGGCCUUGAACAACGCAAUACAGUGGGCGAAAGAUGAGGCCAAGGAAGAUGACAAACGGCGGACGAGAAAUGCAGAAAGCCUAAGACAUGCGAAGAUGGAGCAGUUUGACAAACAAGGGUUAGACUCCCAAAGCGACUCCGGCAGCCUUCUUGGAAGACCAAACGGGAAAUCCCUUGCCCCUCCAUUAUCUCUUGGUGUACCAAGCCACACCAGCUCUAGGUUAAGCCUUCAAACUUCAAGAGAGAGCGUUCAGGGUGAGGAUGAAGUGUCCACUUCUGGGGCGUAUGAAUCCACCUUUAGCCCGUCGGAAUCCAAUAGAUUGCCCAACCUUGUUACUAGCCACUCCGCCGAAGGAGACUUGGAGGAUGACGACUUUGGGGAUUAUGCUAGUAGCCGUGAGAUCCAACCGUCGAACAAAGACGCUUUCAAUAUCACCGCCCAAUCUGUUAAAUUACAGCUAGAUCUGCUGAGUCACGUUUCUGCAGCGCUUCAAGAGGAGAAGUCAAAGAAUCCCGAAACCACGCUUUCUGAUCCAUCAAUAGACCAAGCGUUGACUACUUACCAGGGAGGGGUUAGCAAUCUCACCUCUCUCGUGGCUGAUUUACUCAAAAUCUCAAAGGAUCGAGAUGCAUUUUGGCAAUAUCGCCUAGAUAGGGAGGCGGAUGCGCGCAAGAUGUGGGAAGACAGUAUGGCUCGAGUUGCCCAAGAACACGAAGAACUUCAAAGUAAAAUUGGGGAGUCGGAGGAAAAACGAAAGAAAACGAAGAGAGCACUCAAGGAAGUUCUUGAACACCCUUCAGCUUCCACUAGUCGUCCCAUCAGCCGAGGCCCGUCGCAUGUCCAAAUACAAGAUGCCCUGGAAGCCGUUGUCCAAGGCGGCGUUGAUAUCCCGCCCAUUGUCAACCAGAAAACGAGCGGGGACAUUUCAAAGAAGCGGUCCUUAAUUACGGAACUAACAAAUUUGUCUGAUUCGGAAUCUGAUGAGGAUGAAGAGUUCUUUGACGCUAUCGAUGCUGGCGAAGUGCAAGUUAUUGAAGUUCCGCAAGCGCAGCCAGUAGAGGCCGCGGAGGCAAUUUCUGAUCUUCGAGCUUUGAAGCACCAGGAGAUUGCCAGUUCAUUUAAAGGAUAUGAGGACCCGAUUCGAAAGAGGCUUAAGAUGGACGCUGACAAUAGGCCCAAAAUUUCUCUAUGGGCUAUCUUGAAAUCAAUGAUUGGCAAAGACAUGACCAAGAUGACACUCCCAGUGUCCUUCAACGAACCAACAUCGCUGCUCCAACGUGUAGCAGAGGAUAUGGAAUACACGGACUUGCUUGACAAUGCUGCAGAUCGCACUGACUCCAUGGAACGUAUGGUUUAUGUCGCUGCCUUUGCAGUUAGCGAGUAUGCUUCGACAAUAGGACGUGUAGCGAAACCUUUCAACCCUCUGCUUGGCGAAACGUUCGAAUAUGUGAGGCCAGAUAAAGGUUAUAGAUUCUUUAUUGAGCAAGUCAGCCAUCAUCCUCCAAUUGGCGCCGCCUGGGCUGAGUCUCCGAAAUGGGAUUAUUACGGCGAAUCGGCUGUAAAAUCAAAAUUCUAUGGCAAGUCAUUCGAUAUUAACCCGCUCGGAACAUGGUUCUUGAGACUACGUCCUGUCAGCGGUGGUGAGGAGCUCUACACCUGGAAAAAGGUUACAUCGUCGGUUGUUGGCAUCAUCACCGGUAACCCUACCGUGGACAACUAUGGGCCCAUGGAAAUUAAGAAUUGGACAACUGGCGAAGUCUGUAUACUUGACUUCAAACCACGAGGCUGGAAGGCUUCCUCUGCCUACCAGGUUUCUGGUAAAGUGAUGGAUAGCGAGGGGUUCACGAAGUGGAGCAUUGGUGGCCGUUGGAACGACAAGGUAUAUGCUAGACACACGCCGGGAUACCAAGCUUCGAUGACACCACCACAUGAUGACCUUCCCCGCCAGCCAGAAUCAACACAGGCAUUCCUUGUGUGGCAAUGCAACCCACGACCAACUGGUAUCCCAUUCAACUUAACACCUUUCGUGGUGACGUUGAAUGCCAUCCCCGAAAAUCUCAGACCUCACUUACCGCCAACCGACACGCGGCUCCGUCCGGACCAACGUGCAAUGGAGGAUGGAGAGUAUGAUUUUGCAGCAACGGAGAAACAUCGUGUGGAGGAAAAACAGCGGGCGAGGCGACGAGAACGGGAGGCCAAGGGCGAGGAGUUUGAGCCAAAGUGGUUUACUAGGGGCAAGUGUGAGAUAACUGGUGAGGAGUAUUGGGUUCACAACGGCCGUUAUUGGAAGUGUAGGGAUGCCGGGGACUGGUCCGUCUGCGAGGAUAUAUUUUAAGGCAUUAUUGGUAGUCUUUUACUAGGGGUUUUUUACUUCUAUUUUUAUUUUAUUGUUAAUUUGUUAUUUUUCAGUUUUAUUUUUGUUGCUCCCUUUGCGCUUUUUCCAGUCCGCAUUGCCAUGUCGCACUUUUGCCCAAGUGAAACCUAACUACUGACUCUCGAUGUUAUAACUUUUAUUGGAGAUUCUGUUGCUGUAUGUUCACAGUAUAUCAAGUUUAGAAUUAGUUCUCUUCAACGUGUAUAGUUAUUUAUUGUCCGCUAUUCAGGUUUUAAUACAAUCUCUCUAUAUAUCUUCUCUCUAUAUAUCUCUUCUCUCUGUAUAUUAUAGAAAAACCAACUUUUCCGAGUAAAAUGCCCUGUAACGUGACCUCACAUGAUUAUCAUGUGCACCCCAUCAAAUCCAUGGAUGGGAUUGAACAGCCGGCUGUAUGACUCUGAUAUUAAUCUUCAUUCUU